GUCAAAGAGUUUUUAUGAAGACAAAAAAUCUAUAUGUUCUUGUCACUGUUAUUUUAGCGAGAACUUCUUUUAUGACCACGUUAAUUAUUUUUUCACCGUCUUCAUGUGACAGCCGACUCUUUUGGAAAGUUGUGUUGCCGUAAAAAAUGUUCCAAAAUUCCGAGUGAAGAAUUACGAUUAUACCAUUUUACGAUAUGGUUAAUGGCGCACGCAGUUGUGACAACAUGGCUGCCAUAAAGAGUUGGAAUAAAAGUAACCGUAUUGAUUUUUUAAAGCAAUGUGAAGCAGCUUGCAAUGGCUUUAACCCAUCCCAAAUUGCUGAGAAAGAUUUAAGAAAAAACAUACGCAACUUACUUUGGAGUACAUUAGAGGAACAACUAUCAUUAACAGAAGCUGUAUCAAUUUUUGCGGAAGCAGCUAAUGGUGAUGCAGCUUUGCUUAGUUUGUUUGCAGAUAUUGUGGCUGUUGUUGAUUUGGAAACAUUGUGUUUAGAAGAAAAAGCACCAAGGGAACAGUUUUUAUUUUUACUUUCGUCACUUGGGACAGCAAUUCCAGAAGGCAUUUUAAAAGAAAGGCUUGAUCCCGAAACACUUGAAUCUGCAAGAUUAAUACAGUCUCAGAAGGCUUUAAAUCAAAAACUUGUGAGAACAAAAACUAAACUCUUCUACAAACAGCAAAAAUAUAACUUGUUACGCGAAGAAAAUGAAGGUUAUGCGAAACUUAUUACUGAACUUAGUCAGGACUCUAUAUCAUCUUCCAGUCAGGAAUAUGUCCUUAAUCAUAUUAUGUCUUUGCUUGGGUUUUUUAACUUGGAUCCAAACCGUGUGCUGGAUAUCUUGCUAGAAGCGUUUGAGUGUAAAGUUUCUGAAGAUCUUUUCUUUAUUCCACUUAUCAUCUCUUACCUAUCUCAUUGUGACAUAUCUGGAUUUCCGCAAAUGAUUGGCUUUAAGUAUCAAUUCUAUCAUCAAUCUGUUGACACUGUUACACCAACUUCUCUGUAUAAAUUAACUGCAUGUCUGUUGCGAAAUAAUCUUCUCAAAGUUGAAGAGCUGUAUUCUCAUUUAAAACCAAGUGAUAAAGAGAUCUUUGAAAUGAACAAGAAAGUGAUAGACAGCGCCAAAGAGGAAGCUAAAAAGAUGAAUGCAGUCAUUUUAUCUGAUCAUGUCGAAAAAGAUGAUAAAAACAGUGAUGGAAAAGAUGAUGAUAUAGUUGUAGAUAACCAAAAGUUUGGUCUGUGUCAUGCGUUGCUUGAGUUAGGGGCUUGGAAGCAGGCUUUAUCAAUUAUGGAACGUCUACCAACUAAUCUUUUAAUGUCAUCCCCUAAAAUAGCUCGAUCUUUGUCAAAUUUAGUGCAUUGCACAGUUGAACCUCUGUACAGAAGCAAAUUUUGUCCAAAAGCUGCAUUGGGAAAUUCGUACAGGACAAGUCGUGGUUUUCCUGCACCUUGUUUGGAGUAUGGCCAAUUAUGUGAUGAUGUUUUUCCUAUGCUGAAUAAACUCGGUGCUUUCCUGUCUAUUGAUCCAACGUUGGUUGUAAAGAUGAUUCGUGUUUCUAAAGGAUUUAUGAAAGAGUACAAUGAUGCUACCGAUGUUGAUAAAGAGAAAAUGAGACUUGUGUAUGGUGGAAUUCUUACGUUGUUGGACGAAGUGCUUUUGCCAUCCAUGUCGCUUUUGGAGUGUAACUGCUGUGUUGCCGAAGAGCUCUGGGGACUACUAAAAAGAGUUCCCUAUGAAGUCAGAUAUCGGUUAUAUGCCACGUGGAAAAACCAUUCGUACAUGUAUCAUCCUAAACUGAUUCUUACGAAAGCUAAAACCAUCAAAAGAGCUAAGUAUAUUACAAAGCGCCUUUCCAAGGAAAAUGUAAAACCAUCUGGUCGACAAAUUGGUAAAUUAAGUCAUAGUAACCCUGGAAUACUUUUCGAUCACCUUCUUGAUCAAAUCCAAAGGUAUGAUAACUUCAUUGGACCAAUGGUCGAUUCGCUGAAAUAUCUCAAUCCACUGGCAUAUGAUGUGCUAGCAUUUUGUAUUAUCGAGGCACUUGCGAACCCUGCUAAGCAAAGAAUGAAGCAAUCAGACACAAACCUGUCAGCAUGGUUACAAAGUUUGUCUCAGUUUUGCGGAGCUGUAUUCAAAAAGUAUCAAACUGAAAUAACAGGUCUACUUCAGUACAUUGCUAACCAAUUGAAAGCUGGCAAAAGCUUGGAUUUGCUUGUGUUGAAAGAGGUUGUUCAGAAGAUGUCUGGUGUAGAGUCCAAUGACGAUAUAACUCCACAACAACUUGAAGCACUGUCUGGUGGUGAAAUGAUCAAGUCAGAAGGUGCUUAUUUCAGUCAAAUUCGCAACACACGUAAACCAUCAGUGAGGCUGCGAGAUGCUUUGAUGGAAGGCAAGCUGACCAUACCACUGUGUCUGUUAAUUGCACAACAGCGCAAUGCCAUUGUGUUUGUUGAAGAGCAGCAACGGCAUCUCAAGUUGAUUGGCAAACUUUAUGAUCAGUGUCAAGAUAAUCUCAUUCAGUUCGGCGGUUUUCUUACUAUCCAACUAAGUACACAUGACUAUAAAGCUAAACUACCCACAUUGGAUGAAUUUCACAAAGUUUAUGCUAUCACUCCAGAUGUCUCAUUCUUUCUUACAAGACCAGUGUACAGACAUGAAAUACAGGAGAAAGUCACUAACCUUCGACAAGCUUUAAGUGAACGAAAAGACUGCAUAAGUAGUAAACAAAAGCAAUCUGAGCUUGAAAAAAACUUUUCCGAAACUUGCGAUAAUAUUUUCCGUCCAAUCGUCGAAUCAGCGAUCCCACUGCAAGCUGCAAAGAUUUGGAACAAUCUAAGCCCACUUUUAUACGUCACGUUCUGGUCUUUAUCAAUGUAUGAUUUGUACACACCGGUGGAGAGAUACGAAGAAGAAGUAACUAAACUGAAAGAUGCAAUUAAUGAUGUCGAUGACAACAAGGAGAUUACGUCCAGCUCAAAAAAGAAAAAAGAAAAGGAGCGCUGUCAAUUCCUCAUAGAGAAGUUAAACGACGAAAAACAAGUGCAACUCGAUCACAAUAAAUUAGUCAGAUGUUGGCUAGAAUCGCGGAGAGAGGCGUGGUUUCCGUCCAAACUUGCUAAAGGAGAGACCAUUACACAAUUUCUGCAACUCUGUAUCUUUCCACGGUGUGUGUUCUCUGCGAUCGAUGCUGUGUACUGUGCAAAGUUCAUCCAAACCAUACAUACUUUGGAAGCUCCCAAUUUCUCCACCUUGAUAUGCUUCGACAGGACUUUUUCUGAUGUAUCUUACAUCGUGGCAAGUUUAACUGAGAAUGAAGCCAGUCGAUAUGGACGCUUUCUGUGCGCUAUGCUUCGAAUGGUGUCACGAUGGCAUGGUGACAAAAAGCUGUAUGACAAGGAAUGCUCGAGAUUUCCUGGUUUUUUAACAAUUCUUCGCGCAACAAACAGCGAGAAGGCUUCUUAUCUGGAUUACGAAAACUUUCGACAUGUUUGCCACAAAUGGCAAUACAAACUGACAAAAGCUUUAAUACUUGGUAUUGAAUCGAAAGACUACACGCAAAUAAGAAACACUUUGUUAGUGUUGAUCAAGAUUUUGCCAUAUUAUCCUCAAGUUCAGAACCUUGGCCAAGCGCUAGAAAGAAGAAUAGAGAAGAUAAUCGAAGACGAAAAAGAUAAACGACACGAUCUGCAAGCGCUUGCGAUUGGGUACAAUGGCAUGUUAAAAGCUCGAAAAGCUAGCAUGGUGCCAGAAAAUCAAUUCCAUUUAAAAGAAAAAGAGAAGUUGCUUGAGAACAGCAGACCAUUAAAAGCAGCUGCUGUUACGAAACAAGUAAAACAGGAAACAUCAGAAAGUAAUGAGAAAAUAGUUAAAAAAGAGGAAGUGUCCAAAACUCCUUCUGAAAAGAGAUCAACAUCAAAAACUGAGAUUAGUCACAAUGCGUCCAGAAGUGAACGUGAGAAAGUGAUCAUCGAAGAAGAUAGUGUCGAAAAGAAAAAAGCGUCAAGCCGUUCGCCAAGACAUUCAGCUGGUACCGAUAAAUUAAAGCAAGAGGAUAACAGUGGUAAGGAGCGAGAUCGAGGUGAUCGUUCGAAAGACAAAGACAGAACGAAAGAAAAAGACAAACGAGCAAGAACAAACUCUCCAAGCAGUGAAGAUAUUAAGAAGAGAAAAAUUGCAGAAGAUACAUCACACAAGAAGGAAAAAGAAAAGAGCGACAGUAAAAAAGAAAGGAAGCGCACCUCCAUUGAACCAGAAAUUAAAGAAUCGAAACGGCGAAAGGAGGAUAGCGCUAAAAAAGACAAAAUAAAAAAGGAUAAAAGUUCAAAAAGAACUUAAACACAGUCGGGUGAAGCCACAGGAGAGUUUGUUCAUAGAUUCAAAUGUAUGCUGGGAAGUGCAGAGAACAUUGUUUUAUUUGAAUAUGUUUUUUUAGUGAAAAAUACAUGGCUUUUUUAAA